CACAACGCAAUUGUUUGUCGAAGAGUGCGAUUGAUUGCGGAGAAGCUCCGUGAAAAAAAAUCACUCCUUGUCGUUUAAAUUCGUUUGUGGCCCGUAAAUUCAGAACAACAUAAUGUCUCUCCCACGCAAUAUCGGUGCACUGUUGAAGGUUUCCCGUGCACAUAGCGUACCGUGCGCUCUGUAUCACCAGAAUGUCUUGGAGCACUACGAAAACCCGCGGAACGUCGGUUCGCUUGAUAAGAAGGACAAGAACGUCGGUACGGGUCUGGUCGGUGCCCCGGCAUGCGGUGAUGUCAUGAAGCUGCAGAUUAAGGUGGACGAGAAUGGCAAAAUCAUCGACGCCAAGUUCAAGACAUUCGGAUGUGGUUCGGCAAUCGCUUCGAGCUCUCUGGCCACGGAAUGGGUAAAAGGUAAGACGCUCGAUCAGGCGGGUCAGCUGAAAAAUACAGACAUCGCCAAGGAGCUGUCCUUACCGCCGGUCAAGCUGCACUGCUCGAUGCUGGCCGAAGAUGCAAUAAAGGCAGCGCUUGAGGACUACAACAAGAAACAGAAGAAAGGCGAGUAAACCGGAGCGGGUCCAUCAUGCAUUCGGUCUGAGUGUACGACGGAAGGUGGUGUUGUAUGAUAAGAAAUGCUAUGUAUUAGUUUGUAUGUUUGGACUUUCUGUAUGCUUAGUCAAGAAAACUCAUAUAAAGAUGUUGAAUAAGUGAAACAA